UGGCGGCUGCAGCUCGCGGCGCGGCCUUCCCCGCCCCCCUCGCCUCCGCGCUUCCGCCGGCCACUCACCUCGGCGCUGACACCACCGGCCGCGGCCUCGCGGGCCUCGGCAGCGAGCAUGGGCGACAAGAAGAGCCCCACCAGGCCGAAGCGGCAGCCGAAGCCCGCCUCGGAUGAGGGCUACUGGGACUGCAGCGUCUGCACCUUCCGGAACAGCGCCGAGGCCUUCAAGUGCAUGAUGUGCGAUGUGCGGAAGGGCACCUCCACCCGGAAACCUCGCCCUGUCUCACAGCUGGUUGCACAGCAGGUUACUCAGCAGUUCGUGCCCCCUACCCAGUCAAAGAAAGAGAAGAAAGAUAAAGUAGAAAAAGAAAAAAGUGAAAAGGAAGCAACUAGCAAAAAGAACGGUCAUAAGAAAACCAGACCAAGAUUGAAAAAUGUGGAUCGGAGUAGUGCUCAGCAUUUGGAAGUCACUGUUGGAGAUCUAACAGUCAUUAUUACAGACUUUAAGGAGAAAGCAAAGUCAGCGCCGGCAUCGAGUGCUGCUGCUGGGGAUCAACACAGCCAGAGCAGCUGCAGCUCAGACAACACGGAGCGGGGCGUGUCCAGGUCCUCCUCGCCCCGAGGAGAAGCCUCAUCCCUGAACGGAGAGUCUCACUAAACAUUCUUGUUCCACUUAGUCAUGCCUGUCCUCCCAUGGAAACACAGAUUAUGCCAAGAACUACCACAUUUUCAUGACAGACACAUUCAUGCCUAACCAAUAAUUUGAGUUUUACAUGAAAUAUGAAUUUUCCAGGAUUUAUUAGAUUUUAUUGCUGUGUAAGCUAUUGAACAUUUCCAGACUUAACAUUUUGGUCUCUGCUGUUAAAUGUCAUGAAAAUGUGGUUGAAUUAUUCAUUAUGCAGUGUUAUUGGUAAGUCUAUUUUCACUUAUAGUUUAGUGAAUUCUAACACAUAAUUAUUGAAUUAUCUACUAUUGGCAUGUAAUGAGUUUAAAUUUUUUAUUACAUAGUGCAAGCUGCCUAAAUAUGUAUUAUUUGAGAAUUGUGAAACAAAUAGUUAUAUGUAUGCAAGUCAAAGAUCAACUUAAUCAACUAUUGCUGCAACAGGAUUUUCUUAAUGGUUAUCUUCUUAAUGCACCUGCUGGUACUUGGUGUGGUUAAAUAGGAAAGUUGUUAUUAAAUAAAGGAUUUGUAUGGACCUUUGCCAAUGUUUUUGACAUGUUUUUACUAAAUUAUUGUUUCUGAGUUAUGUUUUAU